AGUAUGGUAAAGGAUAAAAGUGUCCCGAAUGCAAUAUUCGUAUCGGAUGCUACGGAAAAUGAAACGAUCGCAAGUGUGUCUUCAGAGGAAAUUUUCCGAGACGUCAAGUCCAUUGACAGUGACGAUUCUACACCAACUAUCGUCCCUAAAUCUCCAUCCUUCGGCAGGCCGUACCAUAUUAAGACCAAUGGUUCUUUAAAUAGCUCAAAUUGUCCCAGUGACGCUGAAAUGGACAAAACGGAUAUGACGAGAUCAUUGAAUGACGACAUGCAGGGUACAAAUGAACAAAUAAAAAGGAGCACUCUUCCGAAACAAAACAAUGGUCCUAAACUGCAAAGACGACAUUCGGAAAUGGAAGGCAUCAAUAAAGAAUCCUACAUGAUUGGAAAUCAAUUUAAAGUACUCUCCGGAACAACGUCUUUGGAAAGAAACAUACACUUACAUCACAGCAAUGAAUCAACUCCUGCUGCAGACGAGAAGAGACUAUCGGGGUGGCAUACGAUAGGGCACAGUUUUCAGAGAAAACUUGGCGGCGAAUUCGACAGGACAAAAAGAACAACAUGGGGUGGGAAAUACGCGAGAAAACAGCGGGAGUCACUAAAAGUGCUAAAUGAGUUAGACAACGCUUACCACUACUCCAGUGAUAGCUCGGGGGAUCAUUAUUACGAGGCAAAUGACAGACAAAGGUCAAAAUUCUCGAAAGCGGAAUCUGGAAACAAAGGAGUGGGACUAAGUGUCGAGGAUGGCGGCCCAGAUGACGUCUUCAUCAGCCAAGUCGAAACGGAAGAGGAUGCACAGAUGUAUGAGGAAAACCUGCAAGAAUACAUGUCCAUCUGCAUGAGUGGGAUAUACGGCAUUUUUCUGGCGGUCAUUGGAUUGGUCAUCCCACUGGCCGAAACCUUUGCAGAUCCCUCACUACCAUUUAUAUUCGAGGCAUUCUAUUUAUAUCUCUACGUCAUGGGAAUCCUUUUCAUCAUCUACAUGUACGUGUUCAUGAUGCGGAAAAGGCAACUGCGCGUGACUGACAUUGCAAAAGCACUAUCACGCAGGCUGUCGUCGUCCAAGACUCUCCCUACUUCCGUUUCGGAGCAGACGAAGGAUGGUAAACCAUCGACCCAUCUAUCAAUCAACUACCCAAACUCUACGGGUAGCUUCUACUUACGGCUAGGCGCACUAUUGUUCGGAGUAGGAAGUAUGGUUGACAGUGGUCUUCAUUUUGGGCAACACUUCCAGGCUUUCGAUGGAGAGUCAAUGUGUAACAAACCUAUCGAGGCGGCUAAGCCAUUCGGUCAUCUCGUCUUCACCUUUGUCCAGCUCUACUUUAUCUUCCUCAACUCAAAGUUGUGUAUCCAUAACAACAGAAUAAUUGCGAGGUUUGGUAUGAUACACCUUUGUUGUACCAAUAUUUGUGUAUGGAUUCAAAGCCUCGUUGUGGAAACACUGUCCGUUCUACACCAUUGGAACGUAGUUCACCAAGCGCAAGUUGCCAUGACACCAAACACGUCAGACGCACCGUCAACCCAAAUAUUCAACCAAGAACCAACAAGCUUGGACAGUCCGAACUCUACUGUGCACGGAUCCACACCGGAAGUGACGUGUUAUUGGGACGAAAUGAUGUCACGUGUUGUACAGUCUACGGGGCCAUACCUGUAUUCAUGCACCAUUGAAUACAGUAUUAUUUGCACUGGUAUACUCUACGUAAUGUGGACCAACGUGGGAACGAAUCGGAGACCGAAACAUCAGGCAACGGACACCGGAAAUGACUUCAAUACACAAAAUGAUGACGACAUCAGUUCUCUUGACAUGAAACGUCACAAAAUUAGCGUAGAUUGUACAAAUUCCAGCCGUGGUCUGUUUAUUGGCAUCCUUGUCUCCGUAGGCGCCAUCAUAACAAUGGUAGCAUUCUACGUCAUGAUCAAUCUAAAAACAUUUCAGGAAACGGCAGUUGUCUUGAUGCUUCUAUCCGAAAUGACGAUGUAUAUUCUGACCAGCAUUGCGAGCUUUCUAGCAGCAGAACGGAUGCACAAAUUACGUCAUUAUUCUGCACUGAAAUUCGGUCUAGAAGAGGGCCUCCUUUUAGUAUCAUUUACUGGACUGGUCAUGUUCGGUGUGUUUAAUAUAGUACCGGAUGUUCAUUACACAGACAAAGCACUUGGAGUACUUAACGUUAUGACAAACGUUCUCAUGAUCUUACAAGCGUCUAUUCAAACCGUUCUCUUACUCACAACAAGGAAAUUUCGAGCUCUCAACAAGGAGCAGGAGAAAGGGAAGUAUGGACGACAGUUAAUUACAUUUCUGAUCCUUUGCAAUUUUGCAAUGUGGACUCUAGAAACAUUUCAAGCACGCGAACCUGAACAUAAUCCCAUCCAGGUUGAUAUGUAUGGAGUAAAAGCGUGGGCCCUGUUUUCUCACAUAGCGGUACCAUUCGGAAUACUCUUCCGGUUCCAUUCGUUCGUGUACUUGUUGAGCAUUUGGAAAAGCGCCUGGAAAAUUAAGACCGAAACAGAACAAAAUUGAUGUGCAAAAUGUCCAUAUCCACUUAAAUGAGAAUUUGACGUUUGCUGUUGUGCUUAUAAUAUGGAAUAUGACUCAUGCUUGAGUUUGCUUAGAUAAACUAGCAAAUAAAUAUUAAAUUACAUUUCAUAUUAUUUCAUAAUGUUAUACUCAACGGAAGUUUAAAGAUUGGCGAAAAUGGAAAAGAAGGAAUAAUUCAAUUAAUCAGAUUUACUCAGACGAAACAGUGUAGAAGAGUUGCAAUAUUGGUUGACAAGAAAUAGAUGUUCAUCAGUCAUUAUUAUGUAAUUUGACACAUGAGACUCAUACUGAAGUUUAAAAAUCAAUUUAUUUUUUUUACUCGUCAGUGCAAGAUAAACCAGUAAAACCUAUGAGUCUCUAGUUCUGGUAAAAAAUAAUUUUACAUUUUUUUUUAUCAACGAGGAGGAAUUUUGACAUCAUCUUUGCUAAUUGGAAAUCCAGGCAACAACGUCUCCAGUUUAAUGUUAGCGUAAUAUUUGGAUCAAAUGAAAUAAACUUAACGACAAACUAACCAAUUCGGCGUCUGACAGCCUAGUUGAGAUGUUUUACCCCUGGAUAGGUAGGAUGGAUAUUCAACGUAAUAUUUUGAAAAGGAAAAGAAAAGCACUUAUUUACUCGAUUUACACUCUAUGUUAAGCUGUUUUUAGAGGAAAGAAGCGUUUUCCCUGUGAGGACGUACUCAUUUCUGAAUGCAACCAAGAUUUGCAUAGUUCAUGUCGCGCUUACACUUCAGGAACGCAUGGUCUUAUUCUUCUUUUGUGGCUUGUUUUUAUGAAACAGUUCCUUUUUUAUCUGGGUUUAAGUACUCCAAAAUGUUUGCUUCCCUAGCCUCGGGUUAAAUUACGGCAUAAUCAUUUAUUAUAUUAAUAAUAAGAAUACUUAAAGCGCUGUAUUAGAAGAAG